AUGGAUUGGGAAGGUCUCGCAACGAUCACGUACUUCAAUGCGCUCUGGGGCUUCAUGGGCUAUCUGUACACCACCCUGGAGAUCCAGGAAUUCUUGUUAUGCUUCUUCGCUGGCAUGCUUCUCUGGCUGGCCGUCGCCAAGUUGGUGGGCCUUUACCACCUCGACCACGCACCGACCUCGAGGACCGCCCACACAAGACUCAAGUGAGUUUGAUGAGCGUCUGCACUUUCCACUAGUCACCUACCUACCUACGGGUCUUGGUUAAACUUGGCUGACCCCCAGCAAUCGUCGAUUUUGCAUAUCCAAAGCCGGCGAUUGCUCCGACUGUGGGCACCUGCCACUGUUUGCUGCUCAGCCGGCACCCACGUCGUGCUCAUCUGGCGCAAGUGCUCGCCCCUCCUCCACCCCGAUGUGCGAAAGGCGGUUUCCAGUAGCACGGGUAACCUCGUGCUUGUCUUCGCCGUGCUCGUCAUAUCAAGCGCAUGCGUGAGCGUUGUCGUGCUUCCAAUUUUCUCGUUCUUCGGCCAUCUUUUCAUUACGUCCCUGUCCUGGGCUCACGUCGCAAAUGAUUGGGCAAACUACAUGGUUGAACCUCUCGAUCUCGAAUCGGGACCGAUCUUCAGGCCGACCUGGGACAUAUGGACCUUUGCGACCAAACAACUAGCCUUCUUUUCAGGCCCCUGGUAUAAAGGUCCUCGCGGCGAGAUAAUUCUGACUGGCUACUAG